AUGUCACCGGAUCAAAAACACACCUACAAAUUGUUCUAUGUGAAUGCUCGCGGACGUGCCGAGCCAAUUCGAUUGAUCUUUCACUACUUCAACGUGGAUUUCGAAGAUUAUCGGAUGGAAAAAGAAGAAUUUGGAGAGGCUAAAGAAAGUGAGUCGGAAAUUAAUUAUAUGUUUUGAAAAAUAUUCAGAAUGUUUUUUUAUAGAAGCUCCGAUGCAUCAACUGCCUUAUAUGGAGCUCGACGGGGGAAAGACUACAUUGUGCCAAACUUUGGCAAUGUGCAGAUAUUUGGGAAAAUCAAUUCAACCUGAACGCUGUGAGCUUUUUUGAGGGGGAGGGGGGAUUAGUGAAGCAUGCACUUUUGAACACUGAAAAUGAGACCUCAUAAGAGUUCACGUAAAACUUCUCCGCGCCUCCAGCUCUCUAGCGUCUCUUUUUGUUUUCCCCAUUACAAAAAAAUCCAGUUUGUCGUUCAGAGCAACGCGAAGUUCAACAAAACACAACACACAUUUCCAGGGUUCGGCGGAGCAACCAAAACUGACUCGGCAAAGGUUGACAUGUUCGCUGACGCAUUUUGCGAUCUUUUCAACUUAGCCAUGAACGCGGUUUAUGCCGACGAAAAAAUCAAAGAGUUCCAAAUGGAAAGUUUCAAAGCAGCUAUUGGGCCGAAAUUGAAGAUCCAGGAGAAUCUUUUGAAAAAAUCGAAAGGCGACUAUUUUGUGGGAAAAAGUAUUCAUUGGUGUGAUGUAUACAUUUUGGGUAUUCUUCAAGCUCUUGACGAGGUUUGUAACUUGAUAUAUAUAUAUUCUUGUGAAGGGCUUAAGAAAAAUGUUUCAGCUUCAAGAUGGAAUAUUUGACGAUCUUCCGGAACUCACUGCAUAUUAUUUGAGGAUGAGAAAUCUUCCAGAACUUCGAGACUAUAUUUCUCAAAACUGGCCAGCCACUAAAUAUGAAUAA